AUGGACAUCUUCCUUAGCAAAGUCACACAGCAGGCCAUGAACUAUGCCAUCCGAUCCGGAGUGACUUUGACAGCAUCCUAUGCCAUCAGACAGUCCACCAAACUCCUCAGUACCGCUCCCAAGAGCAAUGUCAGAGAUGAACUCUUCGCGCUCCAGCAACGCCUCCAGCACAAGAUUUGUAUCGUAUCACCCGCCAUCGACAUGAUCGAAUUAAUUGCUGCUCGGGGGAAUACCUCUUUAGAGUCAGCGGUGACACUGACCAAGGAACUGCGUCUUCAGAUACAAUCCCUAGGGCAACAACUUGCCCGAGCAGCCAAUACUUCCGAAGAACUUGCCAGGAAGAAAAUGAAUAAUCAGACGAGAGCUCAGCACGAGCGAGAGCUCGGGCUUAUCGUCAGCAACAUCAAAGAGCUACUUGACCGGAUCGAAGAUGCCGUUCCCCUCAUCAAUCUCGCCAUAACCACAUCCGGAGCAAGCCUAUCAACAUCAUUGCCUCAGACUGUUUCUCCCUCUCGACUACUACAGGCUAGCACCUUUCUCACCGCAGGGGACACGCAGUAUUCGAUGUUCCCCCAACAUUCGGUUCAAAUUGGGCCCACAUUUAACCUCACAGUCUACAUGCUCUUUGCUGGCCAUGAUCGCCCACAAAAUGAGGAAGACAUACGGGAGACGACUUGGAAAGAAGUGAUACACAAAGCAAGAGUCAAAUUACGACGAGUCCCUCUCGGUGUUGUAGUAGGCACAGGAUCUGGCUCCGACGCACUGCCAUCCGUGGAAAUCUCAUCUCUCGGCCCAGCCUCAGAUACCAAUCCAGCGACGAGCAUACCCGCGGAUGCCCGAGCCGACGAGUUUGCCUAUCAAAUGAUGAUCGUGGAGGAUUUUGACGACGAUCGCGUUCAUGAUUUCGAAGAAGAUCAAGCCCGUCCUGGCCCUUUUGAUGACAUCAGACUGGCAGGCAUACGAGAGAUGAUCCCGAUCCACGAGAUUUCAAAAAUUUUCUACGCGGACACCAGCAAAGUGUUGAACAUCGGGUCUGACGCAGAAAGCAAUCAUCCAGUAUUACUACUCAAGCGCGACGUAAAUGCAAUUCCGCCCAGAAGGAUGAUGGAAACAGAAGAUGAAGAAUCUGGAGAAAAGGUGCCAAACACAAAGACAGACCGACAGUCCGUUCCAGAUGACCAGCAGGACCGACAACGAGAUCCCUGGCGAUUCCCCCCGUCGCUGGACCCCGAAUGGAUCGCCUUUGAAGUCUAUACGGAAUCCGUACCCAGCGACGACUCGGAAUCGGACACCGACGAACAGCCCGGUGCGUCUCAGCACGAUAACAUUGAUCCCGAAACUCCACAGCUCUCAGGCUCAAUAUCCAACAUGCAUAUCAAUUCGCCGUCCCCGCAAACGCAGACCCUUACCAACCAGUCUCCUCCAUGGGCAAACGCGAUCAAAACCUCCCUGUCACUGCUUGAACUCCUCCUGCGUUUGACGUCUUUGCAACAGUUCCAACAACAAUCCCACCUCUCCAUCACAGACGAGCUGUUAAAUUUCUUCCUCGAGGAGAGCGCCUCCACUGGCGCCGGUGGCGACGAAAAUUACAGACAGGCUCUGCGCAAUGACGCAAGACGCAGAGUCGGCUGGGACCCCUACGACGAAAGCCCCAUGAAGCGCAGGGGCGAGGAUUACCAGUACUACAGCCCAAGUCCGCAGCCUAGCCCGCAUCGUGGUGCAACACGUGGUGUCGAAGACGGUUGGAGCCCGCGCGGCCUACAAACGAAAUCCACCAAUGCGGUGUCUGAUUUUCAGGCCUCACCGUCACCGACUCUGUCGCCAUUCCCGGUCGAUCCGGCGCGAGGGAAUCAAGCGUCGUGGUUGAAGAGGGAGGACGGGAGGAACGGCCGUGUGCUGAGACCCCAGACGGCUUUGACCGAUGAAGGCAUCGGGACGAGUCCAGCAAGUAGAGUGGGGAAGGGUAGUCCAUGA